CUUGUUGUUGUGGAGGCCAAAAUGGCGGCGCAGGCGGCGGCGGCGGCUGCUCAGGCGGCGGCGGCCCAGGCAGCGCAGGCUGAGGCGGCCGAGUCGUGGUAUCUGGCUCUUCUGGGCUUCGCCGAGCACUUCCGCACUUCCAGCCCGCCCAAGAUCCGCCUGUGCGUGCACUGCCUGCAGGCCGUGUUCCCCUUCAAGCCGCCGCAGCGCAUCGAGGCCCGAACGCAUCUGCAGCUCGGCUCGGUACUCUACCACCACACUAAGAACAGUGAGCAGGCGCGCAGCCAUCUGGAGAAGGCGUGGUUGAUAUCUCAGCAAAUCCCCCAGUUUGAAGAUGUCAAAUUUGAAGCAGCAAGUCUUUUGUCUGAAUUAUACUGUCAAGAGAAUUCCGUCGAUGCAGCAAAGCCGCUGCUGCGGAAAGCUAUCCAGAUCUCACAGCAGACCCCGUACUGGCACUGCCGCCUGCUCUUCCAGCUUGCUCAACUGCACACACUUGAGAAGGACCUGGUGUCAGCCUGCGACCUCCUGGGCGUGGGGGCCGAGUAUGCCCGGGUAGUAGGAUCCGAGUACACGCGGGCACUGUUCCUCCUCAGCAAAGGGAUGCUGCUGCUGAUGGAGCGCAAGUUGCAGGAAGUCCACCCGCUGCUGACCCUCUGUGGACAGAUAGUUGAGAACUGGCAGGGGAACCCCAUCCAGAAGGAGUCUCUGCGCGUCUUCUUCCUGGUUCUCCAGGUAACCCACUACCUGGAUGCUGGGCAGGUGAAAAGCGUGAAGCCAUGCCUGAAGCAGCUGCAGCAGUGCAUCCAGACCAUCUCCACACUGCACGACGAUGAGAUCCUGCCCAGCAACCCUGCCGAUCUCUUCCAUUGGCUGCCCAAGGAGCACAUGUGCGUGCUUGUCUACCUGGUGACCGUGAUGCACUCCAUGCAGGCUGGCUACCUGGAGAAGGCACAGAAGUACACGGACAAAGCCCUGAUGCAGCUAGAGAAGCUCAAGAUGCUCGACUGCAGCCCCAUCCUGUCCUCCUUCCAAGUGAUCCUACUUGAGCACAUCAUCAUGUGCAGGCUUGUCACAGGACACAAGGCCACCGCCCUGCAGGAGAUCUCCCAGGUCUGCCAGCUGUGCCAACAGUCGCCCCGGCUCUUCUCCAACCAUGCAGCGCAGCUACACACACUGCUGGGCCUGUACUGUGUCUCAGUCAACUGCAUGGACAACGCAGAAGCCCAGUUCACCACAGCCCUGCGGCUCACCAAUCACCAGGAGCUAUGGGCCUUCAUUGUGACCAACCUGGCGAGUGUGUAUAUACGGGAAGGAAAUAGACACCAAGAGGUACUGUACAGUUUGUUGGAAAGGAUCAAUCCAGACCACAGCUUCCCUGUCAGCUCUCACUGCCUCCGAGCGGCAGCUUUCUAUGUGCGUGGGCUCUUCUCCUUCUUCCAGGGACGCUACAACGAGGCCAAGCGAUUCCUGCGAGAAACUCUGAAGAUGUCCAAUGCAGAGGACCUGAACCGGCUCACCGCCUGCUCCCUCGUCCUCCUGGGCCACAUCUUCUAUGUGUUGGGGAACCACAGGGAGAGUAACAACAUGGUGGUGCCCGCCAUGCAGCUGGCCAGCAAGAUCCCAGACAUGUCAGUGCAGCUAUGGUCAUCAGCCCUGCUGAGAGACCUGAACAAGGCCUGCGGGAAUGCCAUGGAUGCCCAUGAAGCUGCCCAGAUGCACCAGAACUUCUCACAGCAGCUACUCCAGGACCACAUUGAGGCCUGCAGCCUCCCUGAGCACAACCUCAUCACGUGGACAGAUGGCCCGCCCCCUGUGCAGUUCCAAGCUCAGAAUGGACCCAACACCAGCCUGGCCAGCCUCCUGUGAGGCCCCUGGAAGGGACUGCCCAGCUUCUCAGGGCCUCCUUGGGGCCUGAUGUGUCCCCAACUUCCACCCAGACAGCUCUUGAGCUUUCCUUGGAUGCGUGCUGGUGUGGAUAUUCCCAGCUUCCUUCCUGACUGUCUCCAGAGCUUCCAAGUCCCUGGGGAGUGUGCGGGGCUGAUUUCCUGCCCUCCCAGGAAGGGCCGACCAGCUGUUCCUGCUGUGCACCAGGCCCCUGGUGUUGAGCUUCACAGGUGGGAUGUUGGAGCCGAUUUUUCAGAGUCAUCCUUUAAAGUGGUCUUGAACUGUCAGUCCUGCUUCCAUGUCUGAGUCACACCUUGGAGGGAGCAUGUCUGGGUGGGAAGUGGGCUGCUGGCCACCAGCCAGGUCCUGAUCCUGCGUGCUGGAGUGGGCACUAUUGCCAACGUGUCACCACCUGACUUCCAUUACGUGGGCCUCCAUGUUGGGCUGGAGUGUUUACUCUGUUCACAGCAUCUUCCGGAAACCAGAGACAAGACGCCAGUUUCUGGCCCAAAAUUGGAGGGAAGAAGUGAUGGCACACUUCAGGGACAAAAAUGCACAACCCGCCACGACACUUUUCCUAGCUUGCCUUUCUCUCCAGCAUCUGCUCUUCUGACAGUGGGGGCUCUGGUCAGGACCUUGGAGGAUCUAGGAACUCCGCUUCCAAACACCUGCACCUUGACUGGAUUCACCAUCUGGCCAUGUGAGUGGCCAUGCUUUUAGACACAGGUGUGCGUGUAUGUGCACGCAUGUGUGGUGAUUCACAGAGUUGGAGCCAGGAGCAGAGACUCUUGUGUUUGCACCAGCCGCCUUCCCUGGUCAGCAUUGAUACAACAGGAAGCAGAGGAAAGGGGAAAGGACUCUCAUCAGCCCAACUCAGGGUGUUGGAAUGAAGGACUUGCUUCCUGGCAGCCCUGUGGCCUCCUCAGCAGAGGAUGUUUGCGGAUGAUGCUCAGCAGGCCUGCAGGCAGCAGCUCCCCUCGCCCCCUGCCCUACCCACAGGAGCAGAGAGGAGGAGACAGAGGAGACCUACCUGCCUUGGGUCUUAGGAUAGUUUUGAAACGUAUUCCUGAGCUGGACCCCAGGAGGCUCUGCCAGGCCCAGACAGCCAUGCUCAGUUCUGUACUCCUCUUGGCUUGUUGGGGAGAUGCCCCAGUGGUGAUGGUGGCAUUGGGGGCAGUCUAGGUAGCCAGCCCUUCCAGCUUCUGGCACCUGAGAGUGCCUGGGGUGAUGAGUGGUCUUACAAGUAAGAGUGGCUUGUUGGUUUGCAUCUCAUUACCCUUGGCACUGUGAAGGCUGCUUCUGAACAUUGGGAUCGUUCAGGUCAGCUGCUCAGGCCCUGAGGCCUGGGUGUGCCUUAGCCAAAAGCAGGGCUGUCAGCAGACCUCCCUGUGCUAGGCCACUGCCCUCUCCAGGCUAGUGUCAGUGCUUUGCUGCCCACUUCGGGGUCAGUGACAGGUGUGCAGGUGAACCGUUGGUCAGAGGGAUGGGCCAGCCAGGGUUUGUCUUAAGAGGACCCACCAUCUCUGUGUUAUCCUAGGUCACCCAAGGAAGGCUGGCCCUGUCUCAUGCUGCUCUGGGCUGCCCCCUCGGCUAAUACCCCCUGGGCCCAUGAGGCCUGUAGAGGAGGGUGUGACGCCUGGCCAUAAGCUGUCCCUGUCCUGUCUUCCUCCCCCAUCGAGGGUGCCCCCCAGGCCUUCCCCUCUACAUGUGGGACAGAGUCCCCAUCUCGCCUCAAGCUGCACCUGCCGGCCUGGACCCUACACUGUCCGACCUCUCCAGACCCACAUUACUUCCAUCACGCUGUACAUCAUGUUUGUCUCUGCCUAUUUAUUUAAAUCUUUCUUUGCUUCUAGGGCAUUUUGUAUGUAGAGCAGUUGAAAUAAGAACCUCAAAACUUAAUGUCUGUCCUGAAGUUAAAGUGCUUUUAGUGAUCACCCUGUUGUCUCUGUGUAUAUAAAGUUAAGGGUAAGUUCUUAAGUUUACAGUGAAAAAUUUCAGUACUCGAUAUUUAAUAUUCUACUCUAGCUUUAUGGAAGCCAAACUGUGUACAUGAGUGCGUGCCUGUGUGAGCUUUGACCCUCCCCUUCACCAUAGCAUCUUCCAAUUACAUAAAGUUUUCGAUAAGUACCUUCCUGUGAGUCUAAAUUUAGUGCCUCACAAUUUCUCACGCAAUCAUAACAAUUCAAGACAGGCAGCAAGCAAGCGCCCAGGGAGAUGUUACACACAGUGUCAUAUAGCUAAGUAUUCAGGAAAAACAGAUAAAUAAAACCUCCACACUCUUACGUAUACAGGGCAUGAGGGAGUAGCAGAAAGAUUCCUGCUGGCAGGUAAAUUACUGAAAGCUGGUCAGACCCUCGUAUGUUCCUCCUGCUGCCUCCUGUCAGUGGUGGCUCUCAGGGCCUGCAGGACUCAGGGGCUGGUCCAGGAGGUGCUGGGUUCCCUUGCAGCCAGACAGCUGUCUCCUCCUGACUGGGUCCCUUCAGUGACCCGUGGGUGAGGCGAGGAUCCUCUCCCUGGGGCAAGGGCUCCCUGUCCCACUCAUUAGGAACACAGGCAAGGAAACCGGAGAAGGGCUGCCUGGCAUGGUGGGUAAAUUUGUUGGUUGCAUUCUCUCUCUGUUUCAUUAAGGGGUUUUAAUAAGUAUGUUUGGCAUAAUGUGUUUCAGUGGGUAUAAGCAGCCUGUAACUUCAGCUGGUGCUUUUAAUCAGGAAAAAUAAAUUUGUAAAUACAAAGCAUUGUUUAAAAGACAUAACCAUAGAACCUAGCUUCCCAUUUGUGGAUUUCUUUUCCUAUAUAUUCAAAGUAAAAUAACUUGCAGGAGCCAUCA